UCUAACCUGUCUCAUUCAUUCACCCACGCAACUCACACACACAUGCAGCCUUAAUUUCACUCAGCUAAAAUCCUCUGCAGACCCAUUCCAGCUUGUUACCAUGCAGAUAGACACAUUUAUUUCCUUUUCUUACACACGCACACACCAACACACACAUAGAUGAACUGUACAGCCCUCAACACUUCCUGGUUCUGCCUGUUUCUCACAAGGUUAGAGGAAAGCCUUUCUUUGCUGAAAUCAAUUUUUAUGAGCAUGUUUCCACACUCUGCAAGGCACAGAGCGGCUCUAUUGUUUUCACAUAAUUUCCAGAUUGGCGUUCCCACUUCCUACUCCGCUGUGUUACGCUGUCCAGGGGCACAUUCCUCAAAUUGUGUGAAAUCUGUGCAGCGUGUGUUUGUGUGCAAGCAGGUAUGCAUGUGUGUGCUGGUGUGGUCAUAGAAGACACUAUUUUGCAUAUGUUCACCGUGUUUGUGUGUGCAUGUGAGUUUGUGAACAAUGCACCGAACAUAAAUUGCAUCGAUGAGAGGCUUCAAAGAUUCAUUUUUAAAUGAUUAUUUCAAUAGUUGCUCUCUCACAGGAGGCGAUAUCAUCAUUGCUUUACAUACAUUCAUUAGCUUUGACAUUGAGUGUAACCCUGGGGUAGAUGUAGGGUUGUGAUAAGAGGGAGCAGCAACACACAGCUCCUGACCUGCAGGAAAGUUUAGAGAGGGCUGUGCCCAGCAAGCCAAAGGCAAAGGGAGGUGAACAGAGCAGGGCUUGUUCUGCGCUGCAUGGGAAAACACAGAUGGUUUUGUGACGCUUAUAGCUAAGUAGGUAGCUACUGGCUAACGGUUGCCAGAUUUUGAAAACAUAGGGCCAUAUACUGGAGGGGAGUAUGGAUUUUCAGAUGCUUUCACCUCCAGUAAGAAAAAUUACAGUUGCUCUGAGAGCUUUGUGCUGGAUUUUAGUGUAUAUAGACACAUAACUAUGAUAAUGUGAUAAUCCUGGUUAUUUUGGUACAUUAGAUUUAGCCUACAAAAGGUUCCCUGCAGACAGACUGUUCACUUACGCAUGUCACUGUCAGCUACAGAAAAGUGUUCCUCGAGCUGGCAAGAGUUUACUGUCUGGCUCAAGGGCACUUUAGCGGCGCAGAUGAAACAAGCACUUGAACCAAGGUCAACCGGUUGUAACAUGGUUGUCUUACUGACUAAGUCACCCUGCAGCCACUGUUAUUUUUCCUGACAUACACAGGAACACAACUAGUAACUUAUUGUAUAAUAGAGUCAAAAAUGUUUCUCCUUCUUGGCAGUUUCCUGCUUCCAGUCUCUUUAGUGUAGUGUUUAAAGUGUACAUUAUACAACCCUUGAAAGGGUUGUAUAAUGUGUAUAAUGUUCGAGUUUUGGCAGAUCAUUUCUCAAGUGGAAUUUUGUCUAUGAAGAAAUUCUGCAAAUAACAAUGGAAAUACAUUUGUGAAGUAAAUUAUGGCAGGCUUGGUUUGAUGAGUCUGACAAAUGGUGUAACCACUAUCAUUAUAACAUUAUUUUCAUCAUGUCACUUUCAUCACCGGGGUUCUCUUUCUGGUUGUGCAGUAUCACCACUUUGUUUUUGUUUUAUUUGUGGAUGUAGCAUGAAAAUAUGUCCAACUUUUGUUAACACUGAAGAACAGUAAUAACUAAAAAGAGCUGUGAAUGCUUUGAAAAGGUGAAGAUUCCGUGUAAAUAUACUGUACAUACUAUACUGUGUUUGUACAGCUCAGAACUCCAACUAAAUAAAUUACAUUCUUGAAAAGGUAAUUUUUUCACCUUUUGUCAGUUAAAAGGUCACAUAUAUGCGGGCUAGCGCAAAUUAUUCCAGGUGAAAUGGAAUCAUUAUAUUUGAAAACACCAUGAAAUCGGUAGUCACUUGUGUAAUUUGGGAUGGACUGUCAGGUUUCCAGUGGAAAACUCACACAAAUGUGUACACCCAUGUGGGAUGUGUCACUCAUAUUCACAGAUAGUUCACACACACAGAGCUUUUAAAGAUUCGAGUGCUAGAUGUCCAGUGGGGGUCUGGAACGAAAGAAAAAACAGCAAAGCAGUGGAAAUAAAGUAUUAGACUUGAAGGAAUGUUAUGUUUUUGUGUGUCUCUUAGACAGACUAGUCAGUUCUACAAACUUCUGAACAUUGUGCUCUUGUUUGUGUAAAACUUUAAAGUUCUUGGUUUGGUGUUCUGGUUGGAUGAAAUGGUUGCCUCAGGCACCUUUCGUUCACUGGGCGAUGUCUCUUUACUGGAGUGGUGUAGGAAUAAAGUGCAUGCACAAUAUAAAUUCAUACUACCAUUCUCUCUGUCGGAUAGCUGAGAUGAAGACAUGGUGACAUGGACUCAGUUGUUUCUGUCUUUCUGUCUCUCACCUUUUUUUCUCACCUUCGCCCCCUUCAAACAACCACAUUUCGCUUUACCUUCCCUAUCUCAAUUUUCCCCUCUGGCUAUGUCACUGCUCCAUCUUACUUCUCCUUGCUGUGCCUCUGUAGUGAGUAGACCAUGGUACUUCUGACAUGUGUAAAUCAACAUCAUUAACUGUGAGUUUAUUAUAAUUUUUGCUUCUGUGCAAGAUUGUUUGUAAAAGAAAAAUAAGCUGUGUCCCAAUUCCAGACCAAUUAUAAGCAGGUAUGAGUAUGUUCAUGCUGAACAUCAAAGUUGUCAAGUAUACUGAAAACAGUCAGUGUAGGCCUACAAAAACCCCUGUAUGAUUUUCCCACAAUGCAAAAGUAAAUAAACGAUCUGCUCAAAGCUGGUAAAGAAAUUAAAGCUAAAACACCACCUAAGAAAACACCUUUAUUUUAAUGUUCAGUGACCGUUUAGAGUUGCAGUUUGAUUAGCAUGAGCAUCUUUAGAGACACUAGGCCUUUUAGUGUAUAUAUUUUACACUUUUGGACAAAUCAGGAGUGAUUAUGGACACAGUUUUUUUCUCUCUUUCUUAGCAGUUGGUUUCAGUUGAACAUUCUGUUGCUAGUAGCAGCCACAACGGGCACAGUUGGAGUUAACUGAAAUUAUCUUCAGCUUCUUAUCUUACAUUUUUUAUCUAAUGUUACUCUUAAAACGCCCUUGUUGGAGCAUUAUCUGAAGAUACUCAAUGCUGAGUAGCUAUUUUGUGACAUUUGUUUAAACUAUUUUGUAGUUUCAGAUGUUUUUCUUAUCAGCUAACGUUAAAUGCUAAGCAGGCUAGCCAUAUCAGUUUAACUACUGUUAGCUGUCUGUUGCUAAUUCAACAUCCUAGUUAUGUGAACAUUCUGUUCACUUACUGUUGCUCUUAACGAGGAAGUCUCUGAGGGACCAGUGGUUGAUGGAGGGAGCUCCUUUGUCCCCAACCUCUCUGGACUCCCAAAGCCCCCGUUCCCCUCUAUGGGGCUCCCAGGCCCAGGAGAUUGAAAACCGCAUUGACAAAUUGCAGUCAGAGAGUCAGCGGAUAGCAGAGGAGGAACAGAAGCUGAAGGAACUGAUGGAAGAUGGCCAAACGCAGGAGGCAGUGAAAGUGGCAGAGGCCAGUGCAGAAAUAAUCCAAGCCGUUCUGCAAAACGGAGAAGACAAUGCAGCAGCAUUGGGAACACUUGAAGAUAAAGUGAAGAUAAACCAAAACCCACUACUGGAUAAAUCUGCAGCUGUCCUAACCAAUGGUGGAGGAGACAUAGAGAUAGACACCAAUCAUAAUGCUUCAGUGCAAAUUAAUCAGUCCGCCCCCAAUGGAUCAGUUGUAUCCUCUGAAGGUGUUGUAAGCAUAAAGUUGGAACCGGCGUUGAACCUGGGUGUUUCUGAAGCACAGCCUGGGCAAGUUCCAAAUGUCAACAUUAAUGAGGAGGAAGAAGAAGGCACUCUGGUGAUCAGAGCACAAUGUGUGAUUAUCACAGAUGAAGGGGAUGAUGUACCUGAGGAUCUCACACCCCGGGAAGAUCAGCAGGAGACUAUGCAGUUAGAGGAAACCCCUCCGCUGAAUCCAGAAGCAGGCAAAGAGGAAGUGGAGCCUGUGGAAGAGGUAGUAAAAACAGAAGCAGGAUUAGAGACUUUAAUGCAACCAGAGAAUAGUGAGGCAACUGAGUCCGCUGCAGAGGCACAGCCAGAAACUGGAGAUGGAGACAUGCAGGGUGGCAUAAAGACAAAUGAUAACAGAGAUGGAGAGACAGAAGCUGAAGGACAAGGCAGACGAUCAGAAGAUCCAACCUCUGGACAGGUGCGGUCCCCACCUAAUGCCCUAGAAGGCUCUACAGUGGCUCUGCCAGUCUAUUCUGAGGUGCAACCCUCCACUCUCAACCCCAAGCUAGGUGCUGAGGGUGAAGCUACAACAACACCAAGGGGAACUGAGGCAGUAUUAGCCCAGGACCCUGCCACUCUGCUUGACCAGUUUGAGGACGUGCCCCUGGCUGAUCCCCAGGAGAACCAGAGAACAGAGGCAGGGCAGGGGGAGCAGGAACCCCUUCUGUCACAGACCAAAGCACCUGAGACCCAUGCAGAGCCACCAGCAGCUAACAGCCCAGCAAGCACAGAGACAUACAGCCCGACCAAGGCUACCCAGGAAGAGGAAACCGAGGCACCCAAACGCAAAACCUGCCAGUGCUGCUCUAUCAUGUAAAAUCCCUCUCCGUACAUUAAUUUUCCUCUCUCCCUCUGCUGUUCAAUUCAUAACGCACUCCUUCCCCCGUCUUUGUUUUAUGCACCAAUCCUUUUUCAAAUCAGAAUGUCCACAGGCUACUCCCCUUUUCCUCUACUAACCUGUGAGGUAUAGACAGGACUUAAGUGCCUUGAUGAGCUUUCUACCCAGCACUACAAUUUUUAAAUUCUCUUCACACAACGUGGACCAAAAUAUGAUUUUAGAAUUUUUUUUUUUUUUUUUUUUUUUUUAGACUGAGUUUGAUUUAAUUCUUUCCUGGUUAGCAGAUGAACUUCUGUAUAGGAUCAUUAAAAACAACAUAUUAGAUGCAGUAAAGCAAAAACAGACUAAAUAUUGAUUGUUUUACACUUGCAUCUACAUGUAUAAUUCAUUGGGUAAUUUUCAUAAUCUAAAUAUCAGAUUACUUGGAAAAGUCCAAAGAUCUUAAGAGAUUCAGAGAGGAUAUUGUUCUAAUUUAAUACAUUUAAUGCUGAAUUAUUUUAUUGAUUUUGGUCUUUAAUUAGAGAUAUCUUUAAUCCAAGUAUAGAGCCUGAACAUUUUUAUUCACUCUGUAAUGCAGGUUUUGACAAUACUCAGACUAAUUUAUAAGCAACAGCGUGUUCCACUGAAUAUUUUGUGGGCUGUUGUCAGUUUUAAAAGUGAAAUUAUUUUUGGAAUACUUGAAAGUGUGAAUUUUGUAUUUUUAAUACCAGAUGUGCUUUUGAUGAGAGGCUCCAGACCUCCAGACAUAGCUUUGUGCAAGGAUGUAUAUACUGUAUACAGAAACAUGUGGAACUGAGAUGUCAGCUUUGAAAUGAUUGAUAGAUGGUUUAAUGAUUAAACUGACAUUUGUGAUACAUUG